AUGCCGUCAGCAUUCAGCACCGCGCUGCUCGUCCUCUCCAAGGUUCCCCUGGUACUCAAGACGGUGCUCUUCUGGCUCCUCUCCCUCAGCCCAACCGCGCGCAAGUGGGACCUGCGCACCGAGCUCGCCGUCACCACCCUCCGCGACUUCUUCGGCGGCUCGUCCCCAACCUCGUCCGUCAGCGCGCAGCAGGCGCUCUUCAUGCGCGACGGGGGCGCCCGCGGUCGCAUCUGGGUAAGCCGCGUCACCCUGCCCGCGCCGGACGACACAUCCCCCGACGGCGUGCUGCCGGCUUUGUGCGGGGCCGUCGCCGCUCUGGGCGACGAGGCCCCGUACACGCGGCCGCCCCUGCAGGACGUCGGCGGCGAGUGGGUGGGCGUCCGUCGCGACGUGUCCCGCUGGGCCGCGGAGCCCGCGGACCUGAGCGAGCGCGAAAAGUACGCGCGCCUCACCAACGAGGCCCGGGGCGGCGCCACGGUGCUGUACGUCCACGGCGGCGCCAACUACCUCCCUAUCCCUCCUACACCCACCGCCGGGUGCCUGGCACGACCCCGUGCCCGCCGCCUCGCUCGUCGUCGCCGGCGACUCCGCCGGCGGCAACCUCUCCGCCGCCCUGGUCCAGCUCCUCCUCCACCUGCACCGCUCCUCCUCCUCCUCGCCCACGGUCCGCUUCCACGGCAAGCACGUGCCCGUGCCGCUGCCCGCCGGCGUCGCGCUCAACUCGCCCUCCCUCGACCUCACCCGCACGACGAGGAUGUCCUGGCUGGCAUGGAGGCUGGUCGUAAACGGAUACAGGACAGAUUUGCGCAUCUUUUGAAAUAG